AAUAGAAAGAUGUCGGGCCGCAGGAAUGUGCUGUAUUUGUUCGACGUAGACGGCACAUUAACAAAGCCGCGUCAGGUGAUCCAGGAAUCACUCAAAUCUUUUAUACUGAACGAUGUCAAGUCUCGAGUGGCGGUGGGACUCGUGAGCGGGUCGGAUUACACGAAAAUCGUGGAGCAAAUGGGAGGUGAGGAGGUAACUAAUCAAUUUGAUUUUAUAUUUUGCGAAAAUGGCGUAGUGCAAUACCGACAGGGCGAGUUGAAGAGCGUGGAGAGUAUUCUCUCGUAUAUUGGCGAGGAGAAGCUGCAGAAAGUGAUAAACUUUGCAUUGGGUUACAUGUCAAAAUUAGUGCUCCCGGCCAAGAGAGGCAACUUUGUAGAGUUUCGGUCCAGUAUGAUAAACCUAUGUCCAGUCGGCCGCUCAUGCAGUCAGACGGAACGAGACCAGUUUUCACAGUUUGACAAGGAGCAUAAGCUGAGGGAGAAAUUUGUAGAGGCCCUCAAUAACGAAUUUAAAGGGUAUGAACUGAGCUUUGCACUUGGAGGUCAGAUCAGUGUGGAUGUGUAUCCAGCCGGCUGGGACAAAACAUAUUGUUUACGGCAUGUUGCAGAUGCAAACUUUGAUGAAAUCCACUUCUUUGGUGACAAGACUAUGCCUGGGGGCAAUGAUUAUGAGAUUUACGAAGACUCUAGAACAAUAGGACAUACUGUUACAUCCCCUGAUGACACUAGAGAACAGUUGAAACAAAUUUUGUAUCAUCAAUGAAUUUAAUAAUUAUAAUUAUUAAUAUACUUAAUAAUGUAUUAUAUUUUGU